AUGGAGAACCAAGUGCUGGGUCAACAAGGAAGCCCUUCGUCAAGCCAUGGAGAGGCCCUUGAUGACGUCCAAAGCGAUUUGCACCAGCGACUGAAUAUCAUGGAGCACACCCUCACGAGCCUACUAACCGGCUUGAAGGAUGGCUCUCUCGAAAGCACGUCGCAGUCAUCUUCGGCAUCAACCGCACGCCGACCGACCGAGUUGCGACCCAGCAUUAUCAGCCCCAUCUCAAGCGGUUCUCCGCGCAGUACAGGCCGCACUCCUCCAUCAAAUGGCCUUACGACCAAUGCACCAGUGCAAAAGUCCAGACCGAUUGUUCGUUCAUGGGCGGGUGCUGUCCGGGUGGCAGAGACUUUCCUUCGGUACUGUGACUCUCAACCACUUCCCCUAUUCGAUCCACGAACGUUUGUCUCGUCCUUCCCCAAUCGACCGUUUGAGGUCGUGUUCAGCGUGUUGGCAAUGGCACACCGAUUCUUAGACCAUUCAAGCCCAGCAGCCUGGCAUGGGCACCUUCCGCCCGUGGACGACUGUAAGCAGGAAGCACACCGGUUGACCAUGUCUAGCAUCGCAAAUGGUCGUAUAGAGCUAUCAACGUUGCAGACAUUAUGCGUACUCGGAAUGAUUGAACUGCAUGAAGGAAAUAUCAUCCAGUGCCGCGUCCAUUCAGCGCUUGCCAUGACACUUGCCCGAUCGGCGCAGUUGGACAGAGAGCUCCACGGACAGAGCGUUUGGGAUGAGCAUACAGUCGAGGAGCGACGGCGCUGCUACUGGAGCAUUGUCCUCCUUCAUCACAUCAUCGGCGAGUCCCUUCCAGGUCCGCUCCCACUUGUUUUGAGGCGUUUGAAGCCUCAGUUCCCUGCAAGCGCUCCAUCACCCCCAUCUGGUGCGCUCAACCCCGAAGGCCAAACGGUGGCUUUCUCGAAAGUACCAACGCAAGAGCACGGCAUCUGUUCCAUCGUCGUUCAGCUCAGCGAAGUCUGGUCCAUGGCACAGUGCUAUGUCUGGAAUCGCGGCGGUGCAGCGGAUGGGUCUCCUGAAAGGAUCCCUCCAUGGCACAAGUCAUCACAAUAUUCCUCGACUCUGGAGCUGGUGAUGAACCUGGGCGACAACCUCCCUCCAGCUCACCGAUACCGCUUCAUUCAUUUAUCAAAGGUCGACUCGGAGGAGCUAAAUUGUUCACGAGAUUACUGGGCGCCUUGGCUUCUGAGUCGCUUCCUCUACCACACAACACUCUGCAUCUUGAACCAUCCCAUCCUUAUCAUGCUCCAGAUCCAAGGCAAUCGCGAUGUCUCUGAGGUCUUUCUGCAGCAAGCCACCUUUGCCCGCUUGCAUCACACCUCCUGGCUCAUGCAUUUCAUAGAGUUCCUAGAGACUAGGAACUUCUAUAUCUCGGAUCCACUUUUUGGGUACUGUGCAGCUGCCCUGGCCACAAUCGAGUUACACCAAUACUUUGUCGAGGGAGAACAAACUGCGGCAAGGAGGCAACAGAACUUUACACGGUGCGUGGGGUUUGUGCAAAGCCUAAGCGACCGGUGGCCGUACAUGCAGAACGUGGCAGAGAACCUACAGCAGCUCAUGGCAAGAACAUCAGAGCUCUACCGGACAAAUAUCGGAAAUCCUGAUGCGAGCAAAGUCAGCGUGGAUAUCUCUGGGUUCUUUCGAAUCCUGGAUUUCACUCAGUUCUGUGCUGCGAGCAACUCCACCUCUACAUUCGGGCCUACCUUGUUUCCUCCCCACGUUCAUCCUGAACCUGAAGUGCCGAAGGAGAAAACCCUUGAGCGGCUGCCUCCAAUCACCGAAAUACACAGUCAACCCGGGUCAUCACUGCUUCUCCCACGGGCUGAAACAGCGCCAACCGGGAAUACUUGGUAUGCCCAUCAGCAGGAUGCAAAUCCGAGCAUCCGUGGACACUUUGCAAGCGAGGUCGACGAUUUCAUGUCGUUGCAGGCUGAUCAGCUUUUUGGCUCUGUAUAUGACUGCAUGGCUCCGUGGGACACGUUAGCAGGAACUGUCCCGUCUUUCUGA